AUGGCAGUGAAAAAUCAAAGUACAACAAGUGAUUUUAUACUUUUAGGGUUCUCGGAGGGACAUGUGUUGCUGUCGAUUUUGAUAGCUUUGACCUAUUUAACAAUUUUAAUGGGAAAUUUUGCCAUCAUUAGCAUUAUUCGGAUUGAUUGCCAUCUACAGACCCCAAUGUAUUUCUUUCUCAGUUUUCUAUCUAUAUUAGACAUAGGUUACUCUACAGUUACUCUUCCUUCCAUGCUCUUCAAUUCUGUAACAGACAAUAGGAGAAUUUCCAUCAGCAGGUGUUUUGCUCAGCUGUAUUUCUUUGUCUAUUUUGGAGGGUCAGAAUGCCUUUUGUUAGCAGCUAUGGCCUAUGAUCGAUAUGUGGCAAUUUGUAACCCUCUUCGAUAUUUAGUUAUUAUGAACAAGAAAUUCUGUUGUUAUCUUGUCCUGGGAUGUUGCUCCAGUGGAUUCAUGAACGCAGUUCUUCAUACCUCAGUGACAUCUAAACUUAUCUUUUGUGAAGACAGAAACUUGUACCAUUUCUUUUGUGAUGUUCCCCCAUUGCUAAAAGUUUCUUGUACUAAUACACAGACCAGCCAGAUGUUAUUGUAUAUUUUCAGCGUUUUCCUGGGGAUAACUCCAUUUAUGUUUGUCACAAUCUCUUAUGUACGUAUCAUUAUGACGAUCUUGAAGAUUCCAUCUUCUACAGGAAGGCAGAAAGCCUUCUCAACUUGUUCCUCUCAUCUCAUUGUUGUUACGGUUUUCUAUGCAACAGGUUUUUUAAAUUAUAUUGUUCCUGUUCCUCAAGAUACUUUUGAUAUUAUGAUAUUGUCACCCCUGUUAUACAGUGUUUUUACGCCAUUGUUUAAUCCAGUUAUCUACUGCUUGAGAAAUAAGGAGGUGAAAGGGGCCUUCAACAAGUUCCUAUCAAAACACAUAUUUAAAUAA